CAAUCUGAAAAGCCCGUGCAGACACUCUUAGAAUGGAAGUCUCCUGGCUGCAGUGGCUCCAGACUCUGAGUCAGUGUCGAUCAAAGCUCUUCCUUCAAGCCAUCACCUCUCCUUCCCUGAAGGGUAGUACUGAGUGACUUCCUUGCCACCGGUGUUUUGCUGAUAGCAGUGCAGUGGCUUGGUGGCAUCAUUUCUCUGGCCACUCAUGACCUGGGUGUCUCCACUGUCCCGCUUGCUGCUGUAGGAGCUGGGAAGUCCAGCUAUGUUGGUAAGACCCAGGGAGUAUAACUCCUUGCUAAGCUUCCUACAGAUUGAUUGUUGGUUCUUUGUCCAGGGUCCCUUGAGUUCAUAUAGAGAUGCUUUUAUUUCUCUUGUAUACAGUGGUUGGGAGAGAGGUAGGAUAAACCCUUGGUUCUAGUUCUCUGACUCUGUAGUUGAUUUGCAGCAAACAUAAGAUAAAGGAAACGUUUGGUAAGUUUCUACUAUGUGUGUGCACACUGAUGGACACAUUACUGCUAUCAAGGGGCCUGUUGUGUCAAUGAAGCUGAGACUUAGUGAAGCCUGGAAACAUCUGUUGGAGCCAGCGGUAAUGAAUGCCAAGAUUCCUUCUGUAGACUCCAAAGCCCAAGUUCUAGCUGAGGAAGUAAGCAUUGUGCAUCAAUGUGGAAAAGCACAAUGCCUCUGAACCUCUUCGCUCAGUUCUUUAGUUAGGAGGAUUGUACAGGAUGAUCCAGAUAGGGUUUUCAACUUUAAAUAUUGGCUGUUUUCAAUUAAUUAUGCCAUGUCACAAUUUUAAAAAAAUGAAGCAAAACCUGCAAUUUGGUUAGAAAUGACACUUGGAGCGUAGAAUGUAUCUUCCCUCCCUCCCAGGAGUACACUUGAGGGAGAGUUAAAGGAUUGCAUGUAGUUUGCAUUCCUCAUGUUAAAGGGACGUUCCUCAGCUCUGCUUGCAUUUCUCACUUGCAGGUAGUGAAUCUCUGCUUGAAUGUAGUGUGUUUUAAUUAAGCGACUCUGUAUUAUUCACUGCAGAGUUAUAUAAGAUGUUAAAGCCAUGCCUUUUUUCUUUUUCAUAGGAAAGUGUUAAAGAAACACAUGAAGUGGAGUAAUAUGAGCUGGGGUCAUAUAGAAUCUGCAAGGAGACCCUCAGGGGAAUUGUCUGAAGAAAAGAAGAAUAUUUAGGCUCUUCAAGUUCUUCAUUUACACAGCUGUGAAAUCCAAGGCAAAGGAUGAAUAUAUAUACAUCUGCUGCAGGAUCACCCAGCCUACUUGAAAAGGAUCCUGCCUUCCGAGUGAUUACAGUUACUAAGGAAACAGGCCUAGGUUUAAAGAUCCUAGGCGGAAUUAACAGAAAUGAAGGACCGUUGGUAUAUAUUCAGGAAGUCAUUCCUGGAGGCGACUGUUACAAGGAUGGGCGUUUGAAGCCAGGAGAUCAACUUGUCUCAGUAAACAAGGAAUCUAUGAUUGGUGUAUCAUUUGAAGAAGCAAAAAACAUAAUCACCAGAGCCAAGUUGAGGUCAGAAUGUCCUUGGGAGAUAGCAUUUAUCAGACAAAAGUCUUACAGUGGCCAUCCAGGAAAUAUUUGCUGUCCAUCCCCAUUACAAGCUUCAGAAGACUGUGAGCCUCAAACCUCAGCAUUUAACCCUUUUCCCCCUCCCCCUGAAACACUAGUUCCGAAGACUUCAUCCACGCCCAAGACUCAGGACUCUGUUUUACCUUCUUUUAAAGCAGCUCAGACAAAACCUAGAUACAGUAAAACAGAACAUACUCCAAUUACUUCUUUGGAAAACAGCCCAACAGAUACAUCUAAUUCAGAUAUUGCUCCUGCCUGGACUGAUGAUGAUUCUGGACCACAAGGAAAGAAGAUUUCCCUAAAUCCUUCUGUUCGCCUGAAGACAGAGAAACUGGAAAUGGUAAAUCCCUUAAAAUUAUAUUUUCUUCACAAGGCAGCAGGAAAGAGCUGCCUCGUUCUUGGAGAGGAGAAUGUUUCUUGA